AUGGCAUGGUCAUUAACGAAGAGAAACUCCAAUUCAUCAAAAGAGCAUACUGAUGAUUUGGAGUGGACUAAAGAUAUCAAUAGUAAUUCGUUUUUAGCUGAAGAACGUCGUCUUCUGAGCUCUGAACGACAUUCAUUGCAAAAGCCUAUUACAAAUCAAGUGUCUCAGAAACGCUUAAAUAAAUUUAAUAUUCUUGUUAAUCAAAUGACACCUGAACAACUUGAUAAAGAACUAAAAAAACGACAAUUAUCAACAAGCGGUGAAAUUGAAAUUCAACGCUUUCGUUUAAAACAUCAUUAUAAACUGGAAUUAAUCUAUGGAUGUGAAAAUCCAUUAAAAAUGAUUGAACAACAUUUUGAAUAUCUUGCUGUUGUUGAUUUUGAAGCAACCUGUGAGGAUAAACAAGUAAAUUAUCAACAUGAAAUAAUCGAAUUUCCAAUUGUAUUAAUUGAUGUACAACAACAAAUUAUUGUCGAUCAAUUUCAAUCAUAUUGUCGUCCGAUAAUCAAGCCAAUUUUAUCAAAAUUUUGUACAGAAUUAACGGGUAUUGAACAACAUCAAGUUGAUAAUGCCCCUUCAUUUGUUGAAGUUCUGCAUAAUGUUGAAACAUGGUUAAAUAAACGAAAUCUUUUAUCAACAACAAAUCAACGUAAAUUAGCAUUUGCUACUGAUGGUCCAUGGGAUUUUGCAAAUUUUCUUCGAAUGCAAUGCCAUUUAAGUUCAAUAACUUAUCCACGAUGGGCUAAAAAAUGGAUUAAUAUUCGAAAAGAAUUCGCUAAGUUUUAUCCCGUACAUCGAUGUGGCAUAGAGAAAAUGUUAAAAAAUCUUGGUCUUAGUUUUGAUGGUCGUCCUCAUUCAGGUAUUGAUGAUGCCAUCAAUAUUGCACGAAUAACAUUGGAAUUAUUGAAGGAUGGUUGUAUUUUAUCAUUGAAUGAUGAAAUACGUGCAUCUGAUCCAAAAUUUGCAGCAAUCACUGAUAAAAACACUGAAUUCAAUGAGGAUACUGAUGGCGAAGAUGAUCAAAUAGUCUUUGAAGAUUAA